AUGUUGUGUGAGGGAAAAAGAAAUCAAAUCAAUCGUUUAAUAAUUAUAUUAUUUAUUUAUUUUAUAUUUUUUUUUUUAUUUUAUUUUUUUUGUUUCGGUUUUUUUUUUUAUGGUUAUCUGUUUUUUUCCCCGAUUUUCGUCGUUUUUUUUUUUUUUCUUUAA